CCAUUCUGUCACCCCCCUUUACAGCUGGUUAGGCUUUACCAUGCAUUCACAAUACUGAUUGCGUUUGAUAGAGCGACCGAAUAACACGGAUCUGCUGCUUCAGCCCCUGCAUGGAACAGGUGCUACGGACCGUGACCGCACUGAACGAUGCUGGCUUCACAGACAUCACCAUGUACGAAACCCUCCUGCGCCCCCAUCAAGUCGACUCCGCGCCUGUACUCCCAACCGUCUGCGAGGUCAGCGUGAAGUUGAAGAAGGCUGAGCAGAGGCGGGAAGAGAAACGCCUGCGACAGAUCGCCCACUCGCGCGCCGGCAAGCGCAAGCGUUCCGGCGAUGUGGACGAUGGCGACGGCGACAGAGCGGGGGGAAGCACAGGGAAGAGGCCCAAGACAGACGACGAGGACGACGCCAUGCAGCAUGAGGACGAGCAUUUGCCUGAAGCAGGGAACCAGCCGUCGGGACGCCCAGCCACAAGCGCCGUCAAACUCGAGGAAGCAGCAUUACCUCAAGAUGCCGCCGAGUCCUUGACCUCGACAAAGACGACCCUGUCCAAAACAUUUCCUGAAGUUCGGGGGCACACCUCUUACCUCACAUUCGCCUGCCUCCUACCAGCGGACCCAAGCGUCGAAGCAGAUUCUGCAGCCCAGGAAAUUGUCAGUGCUUCCGGCACGCCGGUCGAGGUAAACUAUCUGCAGUUCAAUCACGAAAUAUGCACUAACAAGCCGGCCAGGGACAUAUAAAUAGUAACGGUACAUUAGGUGGCGAAUAAGGUAUCGUCUUGUGCCU